AAAUGACCAGAAGUACACGAAAUGGAAUUGACAGUGUUCGUGAAAAGUAUAUUUAGUUUGUCUACUGUGUAUGUGGUUAUAAUACAGAUUGUUAACAGGACCGCACUCCUCAUUCACCAAGAAAAAGCGAAAUUACAGCUCCUUCGUGAACAAAGUUAUCCAGUAACUAACGAUUGGCGUCAGCAAAAUUACUCAAAAUACAUUUCAAACUUUGCGUCUCAUUUCGGGAAAGAGCGAUGUAUGUUGGUGGGUAGCACAAGGGAGAGGACUCGACUUCGAUUUACACGCGAUGAGGGAGACUAUGAUUAUUUGUUAAUAUCCGAUGUGUCCAUUCCUGCAGAUGCCUUGGAAUAUCAUGCAGACGUUUCAUGUUUUGUUCAUAUCAAUAUCAACAAAGUACAUCACGAAUUUUCAAACGAUUCUGUUGUGGGUGGAAAGUAUUUGAACACAUCUCUGUUGAAAGAUUUUGAUAAAAGGGUCUUCAAGAUUUUAAGAGGCCUUUACGAUGUUUUAACUUUGCCAUCUUUAACAAAGUCUCAUGACAGUAUUCACAUAAAAGUUAACAAACAGGUGAAGCCUGGUUACAACCAGAUGCACUACGCAGGUUUUGAAUACAGAGAUGCACAGCUUGAUUAUAUUCAAGUAGAAGCAGAUAUCGAAGCAAUUACAAGGCAAUUUAGGAAGCUGCUUGCUAAUAGCGAUAUCUCAGUGGAUAUGAUCUCGGUUUUAAGCAAUACUUUAUCUUUAAUCGAGGAACUGCGACCUGAGGACAUAACAAAUUCUCUUACCUUUCAAACGUUUGGUGCUCUCAUUAAAGCUGCGUCUGGCGAAACCAUAUCAUCGCUUUAUAAAGGUAGACCGAAUCCGAUUAAGGAAAAGGAUACCGGUCAAACCAGAAAGGAUAGACAAAUUUCUUCUGAAUCUCAAAAAUAUCUUGCUAUACGUUAUGAGUACAAAUCUGGUCGCGAUUUUAUUCCCGCAUUUCCGAUUACAGGAAAACUCACGUGUUUAGAUGAAUGGAGAAACCGAUUAUUAAAAUCAAACGUCUUUUGGCCAAGUCGAGAAAUUAUCAACAAAAUCUACGAAAGUGAAUUUUUUGUCAUCGCGAAACCAGCAAUUGUCAAUGCCGAGGUUAACAAGGACUUCUGUAUCGGCUUUAACAAUGCCGAGAUGAUUUUGGCCACAUCAUUUUCCGAUGGUCAGAGAUUAUGUUUCUUACUCCUGAAAUCUCUACUAAAAGGCUUUCUAAAACCAUAUUCAGAGCGACUGACCACAUAUCUUUGGAAGUCAGCAUUUUAUCACGUGUCUGAAACUACCCAAAGAGACCAGUUUUCGGACACAGUUGGUAUUUUUUCAGUUUUGAGGAAUGUUAUAGAAUACAUGGUUGAAUGCCUUGAGAAACUUUACUUGCGACAUUACUUUAUCGAAAGUAAUUUAAUUGCUCAUUUUUCUGAGGAAGAAUCUUUUCAAGUUAUCACUGCACUUAAAUCUCUACUCUCAGAUCCAGAAAGAGCUUUAGAUGUUUACUUUUCUUCCAAGAAAACUGCUGAAAAAAUUAUUGAUUACAUUUCCAAAGAACAAAUCGAAGACUUGAAAUAUCAAGAAGGCGACUUAUCCCGAACAACCCACGCAGAAUCAGUUGUGUCUCUUAUUAGUCACCUCCAAGCCGGAACUGGUAACAAUUCCUCCAAAUUCGUUGAGGCCAUACUUGACACUUUGUCUGUGGUGGUGAAAUCUGAAUUAAACUUUGACUGCUAUAAACAUGAUUUUUGUGUCGAAAUUCUCAAAAUGAUAGGUGAUUAUCUCAACACAAAAUUCAGGACUAAAGAGGAGAGGAAAGCGAGUUUAGGGGGCAUAGCAUUAGUAUUUUCCCUGUUUCAGUCCUUCACUUGAAAAUUUUAUUUUUAUGAUUUCACGAAUAUUUCGUCAUAUUUGCAUGUGCGAUAUCCUUUGGUAAUUUUUAUUUAGUUCAAGUCGUACAUUUUAUUUCAAUAUCAUUGUGAUUUUUUUAUGGUGUCUUUACU